AUGCCACGGCUGGGUUCCAAGAAGUCGAGGAGUGGGUGUCAGCAGUGCAAGAUCCGACGCGUCAAGUGCGACGAGAACCGCCCAUGCUCCAAUUGCGCCAGAUACAACGCCGAGUGUAGUCUCCUGCACACGCCAUCUCCAGGCCCGCGAGCAACCCAGGUGGAAGUAGGGCGAACACCGUCGCACGCGAAUGGAGCCGCGUCACAUCCUUCGACGCCUUCCAAUGGAGCAUCAAACUCACCAACCCCACCCAGCGAUGCCACUGUCAAUGACAUCCGCCCCCCACCCGCGCCUGCAGACCUUGCGACCGGAGGAUGGAUGGAAGACCUCGAGCUGAUGCACCACUACACAGCACACGCUUUUCUUACAAUGCCUGGCGUGGAGCAAGCUAAACAAAUCUGGGGCUAUGCGGUACCACAAGAGGCGUUCAAGCACAGAUUCUUGAUGCACACCAUCCUAGCCUUUUCAUCCAACCACCUGGCACACAUCAACCCUUCUCGCAGCCAUCACUAUCGCCUCCUCGCUUCGACGCAUCAGGCGGCGGCCCUAACCGGCCUGAACACGAACCUUUCGGUCGGCAACCUUAAUCCGGAGAAUUGCCAUGCCUUGUUCGCAGGUGCAUCGUUGGUCACGCUGAACGCUUUCGCGGAUGCGGAUGCGCACAGCCUCAAUGCCCUUCUCGAUAUUUUUCAACUACUUCGGGGCAUGAACAUGAUCCUCUCCACGACGGAGCCCUUCAUUGAGAAAGGUCCACUAUCCGUCAUCUUGAAACCGCUUCCGACCCCGCCGAAGCCGUCCCCUCUGAUAUCAAGUUUCCUUGUAGAUGUCCAAGCGGCAGCCUAUCGUUCCCAUCCAACUUGUCCAGACGAACGCACCCGAAUCGCCGCUGAUUUACUAGGAGGAGCCCUUCAACACGGUAUCGAAUACUCAGGGCAUCCAGCGUUACGCGCCGUGUUCCUAUGGCCCAUCAGGCUGGAAAACGAGUACAUAGAUGCCUUGAAGGCUAGGACCGAGCCAUCGGUCAUAAAUCUCUUUCGCCAGUACUGCCGGAUUCUGGAGUAUGCGGGCACCGACUGGUGGUUUCUAUCCGGUUGGCGAAAUGUCUCACAACAGAUUCUGCUUCAAUCAUGA